GCGACCCAUAUAAAAAUAUGAAGUACUUUCCAGUAGUUCUGGCACUGCUCGUGUCCCUAGCAUCUGCAGCAACGCUCAGGGACUCUCCAGUCUCUGAUGAAAUAGCCAUUCCAGUAUUUGUUCAAACACUCAACCAGCUUCACCGUGGGCCACCAUUGCCGCCAAGCACUAAGCGUGCAAAUGUGGAGACUCGAUGGUUCAACCAGAGCCUGGACAACUUUGACGACACUAACGAGAACGUGUGGGAGCAACGUGUUUUGAUCAACGAAGACAACUUUGUAGAUGGCUCUCCCAUUUUCAUAUACCUGGGCGGUGAAUGGGAAAUCGAUCCGAGCGCCAUAACAUCAGGUCUGUGGGUUGACAUCGCAAAGGAGCACAACGGGUCACUGGUCUACACUGAACAUAGAUUCUUCGGCGAGAGCAUUCCAAUUACCCCCUUGUCAACCAAGAACCUUAAAUACCAAAGCGUGGAACAAGCUUUGGCUGAUGUGGUGAAUGUUAUCAAGGUGCUCAAAGAAGAGGACAAGUACAAGGAUUCUAAGGUGGUUAUUUCAGGCUGCUCCUACUCUGCAUCCAUGGCAGUUUGGUUCAAGCAUUUGUACCCCGACGUAAUCGUGGGCAGUUGGGCCUCAAGUGCUCCACUAGAAGCCAUAGUGGACUUUUCAGGUUUCAUGGAAGUUGUUGGCCGAGCCUAUAGGCAGCUGGGAGGAGACUAUUGCUACGACCUCAUCGAUAAUGCGACAUCCUACUAUGAAAAAUUGUUUCAGACUGGUCAGGGAGCUAAGGCCAAGAAACUCCUCAAUUUGUGCGACAGUUUUGACGAGAACAAUGAAAAGGAUCAGUGGCAAAUAUUUAGCUCGAUUGCAAACAUAUUUGCAGGCAUAGCGCAGUACCAAAAACCGGAAAACUAUGAUUUGGCCCAAUAUUGCUCCGUUCUGCGAAGCUUUGAUGAUGAUGAUGCUUCAGCACUGUCGCAGUUCGUGCAGUGGCGCCUUGGCAAACCGGAAUGUGUUAAUACUCGAUAUCAGGGAUCGGUUGAUUACUACAAAUGGUCAAAAUAUAACUACGAUGGUUCUGGCCUAGGCUGGUUUUAUCAAACAUGCAGACAAUUUGGUUGGUUCCAAUCCUCUGCGAACAAGAACCACCCAUUCGGAUCUACUUUCCCGGCUACUCUAUAUACCGACACGUGUAACGACGUAUUCGGAUCAAAAUUCACCUUAGCGAAAAUUGAUGAAUACAUCCAGGCAACAAAUAAGAAGUAUGGUGGAAAGAAUCCAGCUGUGGAGAAUGUUUAUAUGACUCACGGUGGUUUGGAUGGAUGGAGCCUAGUUGGCUCCGACUCCGCUACAAUCAUUCCACAAGCCUCGCACUGCUCCGACUCUGGCUCAAUCAGCCCCACAGACAGUGCGGCAUUGCGAGCAGCCAAGGAACGAUUGAUUGUACUCGUUCGCGAGUGGCUCGCAUAAACUAUCGU